AUGUCCAGAGGAGCUCCAAGCUCCUCGCCGCGGACCCCGCGGCGGCGUCAGAUUGGGGUGCCCACACUGGUAAGUCGACAAUGUGGGAAUCUCAUGGUCUACGUGAAAGAUCGUUCUGAAAAUCCCGAAGUGUCGCCAUCACCGAAGUCCCGAAGAACCAGGAGCCCACGAACUCCGGCCUUUAAGCCAGAAUGCUCCAGCCGGGUUGUGCUCAAGCCAGCGGAAGAGGUCGCCGCAGCCCAGGAUUCCGAGCGAAACGUCCCGACUCAUGCGAGCUCGAUGGCACAGGCGUCGCCACACAGUCCUGUGAUUCUGCAGGUAUGCAAAGAUGAGAAAGUGGAGACAGCCGAGUCAGCGCCAAUGCAUCCCGAGAAGCCACCUGAAACCGAGGAGCAAGAUGGCUCCGUCACGGAGAUCUCCAGCGACGGCUCGGCAUCGCCGUGCUCAUCAGCGGACACCUCCUGUGAGUCCUCUUCUGAGGACGACGACAAGCCGCGCUAUCGUCCUGGCUUCGGAUUCGUUCCCGUGUGCACACAUGUAUUUCCGAACAUGGCCAUCAACAACAACAUCGGGCACAAGAGCUGGCAGAAUUGCCACCAGUGGCAGAUUGACGGCCUCAGCACCUGGUACAAAGCCGCCCGUUACCGAGCGCUUGCUCGCAAUGCACCGAAGGCAGAUGUGACCUGCGUCCCGGGCUGUUGCUGCCGUCGGUGCAUUGGAUUUCCGGCUGCCUUCCGCCCUGCGACCGCCACAAUGCUCGAUGCUGAAGACACGAAGGAGGACAUGGCGGUUAAGGCAAGGGCCGCCAGUGAUACAGAUUCGUCGACCUCCUCCGAGUCGCCGGCAGAGUCUUCAGAAGACGACGUUGAGGUGAUCUCACCCAAGCCUGCGCCGAACCGGCUUUGGUUUGCACGGUCAGUGCCGAGAUGGCGUCGGCCCAGCAAGGCAACUGAAGCCGACAGAAAGGUUUUUGUUGGCAAUCUGAGUGCGGAUGAAGUAACAGCCGUCGAGCUGCGAGAGGCUUUCGAGCUUCGCUUCCGAGCGCUGCCGCUGUAUCAAAAGCAGUACCUUCACUGGGACAGGACCACCUCCGCUGUGCAGAAGGUGGCUGUUCGGGGCCGAGGCGAUUAUGCGUUCGUGGUCUUCCUGGAUGGACAGCUGGCAAGCACUGCAAUGUUAUUCUACGGCAUGGAGUUCUGUGGCCGGAAGCUCCGCAUCGAUCGUCCGACGGAAUUUGUCCCGGCACCGGACGGCGCAGCGCUUCCCAUGGAUGUUGGUCCUCUGCGUAGGCUUGGGCUGCUCCCUCAGGAGGAUACGAGAGAAAACGACUUUGCAAGCGCGUCGAAGUCACAGAACUCGACUUUGGUGCCACCCCCGCCUCCUCCACUGGCUGCUGCUGCACUUCCUGCGCUAUCUGGGUCGGUCUCUGGGUCGAAAGCAAAAGCCGCACCGCCAUUGCCACCAUCGCAGAUCCAGAGUAUGAAGCACAUCUUCUUGGGCAACCUGCCGGAGAGCGAGAACACACUACAGGAUGUCACCGAGAUGAUCACAUGUAUUUGCGGUGGACUUCCUGCAUAUGACCCCAAUUUCGGACCAGCCAUGUUGAGUGUCACGGAGGCACACGGAGGCGGCUGGCUUAUCGAAAUGCAGAGUGCAGCCCUGGCGCGGCAAGCUCAAGAGCAUUUGCGAGGAGCUAUAUUCAAAGACAGGAGCAUCACGGUGUAUGUCACCUUCGGCCACGCUGCUCACGGAGGAGCUUAA